UGAGCUUUUGUGGACAAGAGCCCCCUUCAUCAGACGACAAAGUGCUCUUCUCAGUUACUGGCUGUACAAAUACGCACAUUGUUCUAGAAAGGGAAAGCAUGAAAAUAGUGGGGGCAGGAGGCCAUGAAAGGCGAGAGGCUUGUGAAUUCAUAGCCAUUUGGCCUCACACUUUACCAUUCUCUCUCUCAUCCUCCCCUGCCUCAGCCAUAUUUACUCUCUUAAGUCUGAGAUGCCAUGAGACAGAACUCUGUUUUAUUUUUUUACCGGAGGACAGAUAAAUUGGAAAGCUGCCUUAACCUGGGGUUACAAAACUGAAGUGCCUGGUUGCCUGGGAAACCAACUAGAGGCCAAGCUGGACAAGCCGGAUGUGGUGAACUGGAUGUGCUACCGCCAGACAGAUGACUUCUUCACCAUCUGGCUGAACCUCAACAUGUUCCUGCCUCUUGGGGUUGACUGUUGGAUUGACAAUACCAAAGUGAUCUACAACAGGACAACUCGGAGGGUGUCCAAUGCCCCUGGAGUCCAAAUCAGAGUCCCUGGGUUUGGCAAAACCUACACAGUGGAAUACCUGGACAGGAGCAAACUGGCUGGAUACAUGCACACACUGGUGCAGCACCUGGUCAACAAUGGCUAUGUGCGAGACCAAACCGUGCGCGCCGCCCCCUAUGACUGGAGGAUUGGGCCCGAUCAGCAAGAGGAAUACUUCUGCGACCUGCGCAGCCUUGUGGAGGAAAUGCGUAAGACCUACCAGAAGCCUGUCUUCCUCAUUGGACACAGCCUGGGAAACCUCAACAUCCUCUAUUUCCUCCUCCAGCAGUCCCAAGCCUGGAAAAGCCAGAACAUCCGGGGCUUCAUCUCUCUGGGGGCUCCUUGGGGGGGAGCAGUGAAGCCCAUAAGAGUCCUGGCCUCAGGUGAUGAGCAGGGCAUCCCCAUUAUGUCCAGCAUCAAAUUGCGUGAGGAGAAGCGCAUGACCACAGCCAGCCCCUGGAUGUUCCCAGACACAAUAGCUUGGCCCGAGACCCAUGCCUUCAUCUCUACCCCCUCCUACAACUACACCUACCGGGACUACCAACGCCUCUUCACUGACAUUAACUUUGAGGAUGGCUGGUACAUGUGGAACGACACCAAGGACCUGCUGAAGGGGCUGCCUGCCCCAGGGGUCGAGGUGUAUUGCAUCUAUGGCACGGGUUUCCCCACUGUAGAAACCUACAUUUACAACGACCGCUUCCCCUACGAGGACCCCAUUGACUUUGUGUAUGGGGAUGGGGAUAACAGCGUUAGCCGCCGCAGCCUAGAGCUCUGCAAGCGAUGGCAUGGCCAGCAGGAACAGAAGGUGCACGUGGUGGAGAUGCCGGGCGUGGAGCAUCUCAACAUGAUCUUUGACAACCGCACCCUCAACUACAUCAAUGAAAUCCUGCUGGGAAACUUUGGAGAAGCCACAGCUGCAGAAGAUGAAGCAGGGAAAGGAGGAAGAGGCUUCUCAGAGACCCAACACAAAGACCAACAGGAGAAAUGAAGGCCCUGCGCUGAGGAGAUUGGGGUCACUUUAUUCCUCCUGCAUAGACAGGAAGCAGGAUGACUCAUGCGUGCCCCCCACCCCCCAAAGUCUACAGUGUUAUGUGCAACACAGCUGGAUGCAGAGGUGCCUUGCAGGAUCCUGCCUCCCCGCUUGCUCUGAGAGGGAAAGACUCCUCCAAAUUGCUCCUGCCAACAGCUGCCUGGCGAAUUUCCAUUGCUGGUGUGAUUGUUGGGGCCCCCUAGCAUGCUUUCAGUUUGGUAGGCAGGAGAACUAGCCCAGAGCUUUAUUUACUCAAUGCAAAAAGAAGAAGGAGUCCUGGGGCACCUUGUAGACCAACACAUUUUAUUAUGGCAUAUGCCUACCUGGGCUGCAGCCCCUUCAUUGUAUGAAUGGAGUUGUGGGUAUAUCUAGACAUACAUAUCGUCAGACACAUAUGAAACACAAGAAGUAUAGGCUGUAUCAAUUUUAUUAAAGCUUAACAGGGCACCCGAGAAGGGUGGCAGCCAGAAGAAGAGGAUGAUGAGCUAAUGCCAACAUGUAAAGGCUUUGCCCAACAGUGGCUUCUGGCUUUGACUGCAUCUUCCAGAAAGGGGUGGCAGCAAGAGGAGGGGAGAAAAAUCCUCCCCAUCUCCUCCAACUGCCCCCCCCCCCCGGAAGACUAAAGACAAAGCUGGAAGCCGCAGUUUUACACAGUCUUUAUAUCACGUUGGCUUUGGGCUUCUCUCAUUCUCUGGUUGCCACUCCUUUCUGGCCUUGGCUCCCCAAUGUUGGCUGUGGGGCAGAUGGAGGGCAACUGCCCAGGUGCCCUCACCUCUGGCUGCACUGCCAAACAUGGUGGUGAUGAGGACAUCCCUCUUCUUAGAGGACGUCCCUAUGCUGUGCAGAACUUGGCCAGCUUCAAGGCCUCUGCCCUGGGCAGCCUCAGCACCCUGAUCCCAUAGACAAGCUGCAUGGCAUCAGCAACAUGCUUAGCACACCCAUGGCCACAGCCACUUCUGCCUGCAGUUUCCUCACUGGCCUGCCCCUCCUAAAGGAAGGGAAGGCCGUGUCUAGGUACCCCAAGCCCCCAACCAAGCUGCCCAGCCGGCCCCCCAACUUAUGGUCUGUAGUUAUGCACGGUUAAUCCUGGAGUGAUCCUAGGCUCACCUAUCCAGGUAAGGUAGAUCCUGGUGAGGAAAAGGGGUGUGGGAGGUUAUAUGAAGGCAGGGAUAAUUGUUAUAAAGGGAAGGCAGGAUUCAUUUUAACUAACUCUGUAAUCCUGAAAAUUUCCAAGAGAGAGCCCAAUCACAUUAGCAAGAUAGGGUAGAACAGCACACUGCCCACGAGUGGAAAAUAUCUCUCCUUUAUUACUUGGCAAGUUGCACAGCUAAGUUCUGCUGCAGUAAACAGGUUGUGUGGUGAAUGCGGAGGCUAGGGGCUGGAUGCUUCCCCUCUCCAUCUCCCAAGCCAACACUGCUUCCAGGAAGGUGCUGUUGGGGAAGGAAGGAAACCCGCAUGGACGCUAAAAGUUUUAAGACAACUUUCACAGAGAGAGAAAGUCCCCCCAAAGUGCUCCCAAAUAUAAAGCCCCCUCACUUGAAAUAUUUCCCCCUACUCUUGGUUCUCUCUUUGGUAACACCCCUGAAUAAUUUUAGUCCUCUGUUCCACCAAUUCUGUAUGGGAAUAAUAAAUGCUGUACUGACCUAUGAAGGGCUGUUGAAAGGAUUUCUGAGAUAAUGUUUGUGAAAUCUUUAUGAAUGUAUUUUGUUUUUUCUGUCUCAUGCCUGACACUGGGGCUUUGGGGAUGGAACAAUUAUUUGUUUUUAAUUUAAAGAGGAGAAAUGAUUUUGGAAUGAUCACGGCACAGGCAUUUUGAUACUUUUUUAAAAAUUGUUUUUGGUUGCUUGGUGCUGAUUUUUAUCUUUUCCCUUCUGUGCUUGCUCUGCUUGGUUGCUUCAUGUCAGUCAGUCUUUAGGAUUCACAGCAGAAACCUAUGCAUACUUACUCAGAAGUUCAUCUCACUAUGUUCAGUUGGGCUUACUCAGGAUUGCAGACUUAGCUGCAUUCCCAGGGUCUCAGUAAUCUCAAGAUUGAGUAUUGGAUGUACCUUAUCUCUGUCUGUACAUAUGUUAAUGUGUGUACACUGCAAGGUGGUCAUUUUGCAUACUAAGCUACAAUGGCUGGUUUUGAACCAUAUAUUGUAAGGCAAUUUUUUCCGACUAUAGCUAUUACAAAUUUUAUUUCAUUUCAUUUAUCUGUUGGAGAUAAAGGUAUUGUACAUUA